CAGCUGCCCCUCACAUUGCUCAACGCCGCAAGAGGCAAGGCCAUGGUAAGUGCGGCUCAAGACGCUUCUCAACCUUGCCCACCCGUCUCACUGACAGCUAUGCCCUUGCGCUGUUCCCUCCUACCUCCUCCCCUCUCACUCACGCACGCACGCGCACAUACACGCACACAGCUGGUCGAGCUCAAGUCCGGCGAGACAUUCAACGGCAUGCUCAUUGCGGCCGACAACUUCAUGAACCUGACAUUGCGUGAGGUCUACCAGACAAGCGCAUCGGGUGACGAGUUCUGGAAGCUGCCAGAGUGCUAUAUCAAGGGGGCUACGGUGAGUGAGCGAUCCACGGACGACCAUUGAGGGCUGGAGAUGGGACGAAGGACGGGUGGCUCAUUGGGAUUGCAAGGAGCGGAGGGAGAAGAAGAGGAUGACAUUUGAGAUGGACUCGCUGAUCACAACGAAGCGAGUGCCUGGCUGCUGACCAUCUCGCACCUCUCCUCUCGCGCACGUAGAUCAAAUACCUCCGCCUAGCAGACAACCUACUCGACGCGGUUCGACAGCAAGAGGAACAAGCACGUCGCGCGAGGCAAGGAGG